ACGAGCAGAUACGCCCCUUGGAGUUGUAGCAGUCAAGUCAACCACGAUGAAAGUCCUGUUGCUUUUCAGCGUUUUUCUGGUAGCGGCGUGGGCUCAACAGCCGGUGCCUUGUGAGGUACCUAAUACAUGGCACGCCACACAGAUCCAGAUGGACAUCACCAAGAAAUUUGCAGAGAGGGCUCACAUUUCUUAUGAUGCCAUAAACCAGAGAAUCAGGAAGGUCGAGGAGGUGUAUUUCAACGAAGAUAGGGAAUACUACGAUGUCUUAUGGCUUCAUAAUGAGGGAAUGGAAUACAGACUCAACCUGAGAACCAAAAUGUGUAAUGUCACUGCUCUCACCAGACCCUUCAGGAAGAUCGGCAUCCCGGCCAAUGCCAAGAGCGGCGGUGAGGCGUACAUUGGGUCCGCUGUAGCUAAUGACGGCGUGUUGGUAUCCCUGUGGAGCGAGACCACGGAACAAGGAGCUAAAUACUAUGGGUCCUGGACAUACCCCGCCUGUGUUCCCGUCUCUGACUAUUUCUACGACUCCUCAGUCGGACUUGUGCAGACACAUUUCUACAACGUGGAAGUAGGCAUUUCAGACCCCAAUAGGUUCAUCCCACCAAUGGAGUGCAAGAAACCAUAAAAAAGCCAAGUUAUCGUCUCUAAACGCCAAACAGUUUAGAUGCAUUAUACCUGCGAUUUCCUCGGACAGAUGAAGACCAACACACUGAAAUAGUUACGCUACAAGACCGCCGUUUAUUUUUCACAAGUUUUCGAUUAAAAAAAGAACAAAGUUUAUCUUUCACGUUUUUCAUAUUGAUGUCACUGAUAUUCCGACAUGAUUGCACUUACAAUGGCUACAGAUAACGUAUAAUAUUAAUAAAUACACAAGACUGUCCGUCAAAUAAAAUAGUCUACAAAAUA